AGAAAUCAUCCAAUUGGCUCGGAUACAGCGCUUGUUUUAAACAGCACAAUAUACCCAGGAGAAUCAGCCGGUAGUUGCAAGCAAAUAAAUCAAGCACAUCUAUCUAACCAAUUACUUUGCUAGACGAAAAGUUUCCCCCCAUUAUCGAUCAAUAGCUCUAGGCUUUCUAUUGCCAUCCCACGGAUUGAGCUAUAUGGUCGCCUGUAGCCCGUUUGCCAUUCACUACUAAACAGCGUGAAACUCAUCGAUGACCAUUUCGAUUAACCUUUAGGCUUUAGCCCACGUAUUUGAGUAUAGGCCAAAUCUAAGGGUAUACAUUAACAACCCCUACGAACACAAGCCCUUUCUCUACUGUUUGUUACUCUGUGAAUAAGAAACGUGUCGGUGGGGAUUGACGAGGCUUACACACCCUCGCUAGUAUAACCUGUCUUGGAAAAUGGGACGUAUCUGCUGCUGCCAUAUAGAUUUGCCUACGCAGAAUGGACGCUGCUGUUCAUUCAGAGUAAAAGCAGUGCUAUAUAUACCAAAGCCCCGCUGGUAUAAUGAUAUAUAGUCUCACAUCACAUUAAAGUGUAAGAAAGCCGGACUAUGCACAUUGUUGAUGGUAGGCUAUAAUACAUAAUAGAGUACUGUACAGUGUCCAAUCGUCAGAUGGACGGGAAAUUGGAUUGGCGAUUUCGAGUCUCAACAAUCGACGCCUAUUGCAGCUAUACGUUUCUAUUCACUAAGAAUUUCAGGAAAUCCAGCGAGAUUGAAUUGGGUUUCGAUCGACCGUGAUGCGCGUGCGUGACGCACCUUUCACCGCUCGCUUCCGUUUGUGGUUCGCCUAUAUAUCGCCGUGCACGUCUUCGAUAUAAUCCUACUUAGAGUCUCCGGUGUCACUAAAAAAGAACUAAACAUACAGGCUCCAAGUUCCAUUGACGAUUUCAUUCUCUCAGCGUCCCCUUCUGGAGGACUAUUUUUUUUUGUAACAGUGACGACAACGCAGCGAUUUGCAUUCAAAGAACAUCGUUUGUCUUUCCUUUCGUAGUUUUAUUUGAAAAAAAAGGAACUGAUCACCAUGUAACAAAUCAACAGUAUUCAAAGUAGUUUCAUUGAAGUUUAGUCCCACGAAAAGAGAGCGUGAUUUUAGACUCUACAGUUAAUCAUAAUCAACGGGAUUGUUGAUUAGCUUCAGUGGUAUAUAUAUAAUGGCGAUUGGAGUGUCAUCAUUUGAAUUUGGCGGUCGUUGCCGCUCGUGCUGCGCAUUGUUCCUCUGCUUUUGGAUAUUUAUGGCCGGUCCAGUGUCGGGGACGUUGCAUAUUCAGCAAAUAGUUGUGCCGGUUCAGGUCAUGACUGGUUCGAAUGUGGUUCUUCGUUGUCUAUUUACCGACACGGAUUCCAGCUCAACACUUCCCACCAGUAAUCAUAGAGAAGCUCUAACUGAUUACGAUCAUAUCGCGGGUGGUCCACUCUAUUCGCUAAAGUGGUACAAAGGAUCGCACGAAUUCUACAGGCACCUUCCAAGGGAGAAUCCACCAACAAAAGUUUUUCAUUGGUCUCAGUUUAACAUAGAGACAGACGCUUUAGAGCCGGGUAAAGUGAUUUUGCGUGGCGUCACACCAGAAGCCGAAGGAUCGUACAAGUGCGAAGUGUCAGCCGAGGGUACAUUCCACACUGAUGUUGCUGAAGCCAAUCUAACCGUCAUCGACGUUGAAAAUGAAGCGAUAACGCUGACACCAGAUUUACCAUUAGAUGAAGCCAGGAUUGGUGACCGAAGAAAAUGGAAUUGUACUUUUGGUAGGAGUCGGCCGAGGGCUCACAUCGCAUGGUUCAUCAAUGGCGAGCCGGUUUCGCACAACUCUCGUUACCUAUUGAGCAGCAAAAGUAUGGACAGUGAAGCCUGGACGACGAAUCCAAAUAGUGGAACGACAAAACGCUUGGAAUGGGUCAAUUCAGUUCUUGAAUUAACUCUUGCUGAACGCCAUUUCAAAAAUCAGUGGCUUCGAGUGUCUUGCGUGGUUCAAAUUGGCAGUGGAUACAAAAAAACAAAGGAGGUCUACGUCCGGGAAGAACAAAAAGGCUCGGCUGGUCGUCAGUCCAACCGCAAUCCGUCACCUGUCGUCGGAGCCAAUGGCAGCCGGACUGGAAGUAAUAGAGAAGACGAAUUCCAUCCGUCCAUGUCUAAAAUCGCUGGAUCAAAGAAGGCCAAUUCAGAUGACUCGGGCUCCCACGUUAUAACUGGCUCGUCAUUACUCAGCUCGCUGAUUUCUACGCUCACUUUGUUCCACGCAGUUCAAAUCGCUAAUCAUCUCUGAGAAGGUAAUGGUGCAACACUGAGAAGAGGUCUGCGGGGACACAGAAAAUAAAUUUAAGAAAAUUAAAUUCCAAAUUCCAUCGUCCAUUUGUUAACUUGGCUCCAAACUGUGGUACAUAAAUUCUUUGAAAAAGUGUAUGCAUCCUGUAAUCAGUAUACGUUAACAGUCACUAAAUUACCUUCACAUUU